AUGGCACCGCGUUCUACGAAGCAGAGCGGGCUGGCUUCACUUGCUUGCACCGAAUGUCGCAAGCAGCAUCUAAAAUGCGAUGCCCGCAAGCCAACUUGCUCGCGCUGCCUGCAGAAUGAACUCUCUUGUCACUACCUUCCGUCACGGCGUGGAGGCCGGAGAAAACCUCGCGGCGAUGCUAAUCGCCUUUCUUCCUCGUUUGAGACGGAGCAAGCCACGGUCAGUUUUGUUAUCCAUGCCAAAUCCGAUGAGUAUGAGUGCUGA